UCUUUUCAUUUUCAAGAUGUCUAAGAGAGGACGUGGUGGAGCCGCUGGGGGUAAAUUUCGACUUUCUCUUGGUCUACCCGUUGGUGCUGUUGUGAACUGUGCAGACAACACUGGGGCCAAGAAUCUUUACAUCAUUGCCGUAAAAGGUAUUAAAGGUCGUCUAAACAGAUUACCUGCGGCAGGUGCUGGAGAUUUAGUGUUGGCAACAGUAAAAAAAGGAAAACCUGAGUUACGAAAAAAAGUUAUGCCUGCAGUGAUUAUUCGGCAACGUAAGGCAAUCAGAAGAAAAAAUGGGGUCUUCAUAUAUUUUGAAGAUAAUGCAGGGGUAAUUGUGAACGUAAAGGGUGAAAUGAAAGGUUCUGCAAUAACUGGUCCUGUGGCAAAAGAAUGUGCAGAUUUAUGGCCCAGAAUAGCAUCCAAUGCUGGUAGCAUUCACUGAAUUGUAUUUAGUUUGCUAUCAUCAAAUAAAGCAUUUGUAUAAAGCA